UUAAAAAAGCAUCUUAUUUUGCCAGCCACGUUCAAAUCUGCCAGGCCCAAAAGAAAGCUCCUUUUGCAUAUACUAAAAUCCAAGCUCUGCGAUUGCCCAACAAAACAUAUUGUCUGGGAUGAACUUGAAAGUGAAAACUUGGGCCAGCCACCCAACAUCGCAGAAUCUUCUGAUGAUUAAGAAAAAAACAAAACUUUAAAAACUUUGGCUCGAAUCAAACUCACUCCUCAAAGCAAGCAAUUUUGCAGCAGCUAGACUUGAUAGAUCAUAGAUGCUUGUGUGAUUUAAAACAAAUGGAAUCUGCAAUCAAAUAUGAACCAUCUGGAGAACGCUUUGAGCCUAGAUUCCUAUGACUUUUUCCAAAGAUUUUACUGUGUCAUUUUAGAGAGAAGGAUUUCAACAGGAGCAACCUUACAAAGUUAUAGAAGUUAUGAAGAACAAAAACCCAACCCAAAUUCAUUGUCCAUUGGAUCAAAUCAAGACUUUCACCACAUCACAGAUUACAGCCGGAGCUUCGAUCACAUAAGACCACGGAGCGAGAGAGAAAACAAAGAAAGAUGGCAGCUCCUAUUUUGACGUUGAUUGCAGCAUCUCUUCUGGUGGGAUGCACCACUUUAGCCAUGGCUUGGGAGGAAACUUAUGGGGUCAUAAAUGUUGCCGGGAAAGUAAUGUGCCAGGACUGCACCAAGGGUUAUAAUGACUGGAUUAAUGGCGACAGGCCCAUUAAAGGGAGUAAAGUAUGCCUUACAUGCACUGAUGAUAGAGGCAGAGUAAUACAUUACGAUAGUGAUGUGACAGAUGAAAGAGGAGAAUUUGACAUGAUAGUGAGCAAAUACAUUAAUGGGAAGCAACUGAAGGAGAAGAAAUGCUCAGUGAGGCUUGUAUCAUCACCAGACCCUAGUUGUAACAUCCUCACCGACUUUGCUGGUGGGAAAUCAGGAGUGAAGCUCAAGCGACCCACUUCCGUGUACCGUGACACCGUUAAAUACAUGCUCACUCCAUUUUACUUCACGUCUCCAAUGUGUGAGGAGCCUGAUACUACUGAUCAGUACGAUGACACCCAAGGAAACAAUUACUGAUUAAUUAUGAUUUUAAUUUCUUUGAAUUCAUUGUCUAUCUUCUCUGUAUACGUAUGUAAUUGGUGCUUUGUUUUCAUUUUGAUUUUUGUAAGAUAGAGAUAUCUCCCUUGCGUAAGAUUUGCAAGGUACUGUUACUAUAAACCUCCACAACGAUUGAGAAUUAUUAAUCAAGUCAAUGCCCUUUUUUUUCAAA